GUUAUGUUGAUAUGAGUACAUUUGUAUUUAAAUUAAAACCCAGUUCAGUGUACUGUAUAUCGCAUGCUACUACAUAUGUUAAUUUUCACAAAGGUCGCUACAAUAAGUAUAGCAGAGACUUGCCCCAAACUCCUUGGUUUGUUGAAGGUGAAAGGAAAUUAGAGUCCAGUGUGCAGGAGUUACUAUGUCACACUCUCAAUGAAGCUGUUCAUGCUGAAGAUAUAAAGUUCUCUUCAUCUGGACGAGAAGAUGUUGAUGUUCGAUGUCUUGGGAAUGGCCGCCCAUUUGUAGUUGAAUUUCUCAAUCCAUGUCACACAAAAUUCUCCCAAGAAGAUGUUACCAAGUUACAAGACUCAAUCAAUAAUUCUACAAAAUUGAUACGUUUGAGAGAUCUUCAGAUCGUUGAAAAGUAAGUCAUAUA